GGAGAGAGAGGAGGCAGUGCCCAGGGAGCUGAGCUGUCCAAUGCAGAGAAGCCCCAGGACCCUGCUGGAGGAUGAGAGUAGCUGGAUAUAAAAGCCAUGAUCCAGGUCCUCACAGCCACUGAUCCCGCCCUUGUCCCUAGUGUGGCUAUCCUAAUUUACCUGAGCUCUAAGUACCAGACCCCGGACCACUGGUACUCAGCUGACCUGCAGGCCCGCGCACGCAUCCAUGAGUACCUGGGUUGGCAGGCCGACUGCAUCCGUCGCGUCUUCGGUGCGCCUCUGUGGAUCCAGGUACUAGCACCUCUCAUUGGGGUUCAGGUGCCCAAGGAGAAGGUGGAGCACAAUAGGACCGCC